GAGAUCGUCAUCCACACCACCCACACCCCCGGGCUCCUGAGAUUACGUCUCUGCCCACCCUGCGUUUGACGCUUCUUUCACUUGUCCCGACCUCUGCGCACCAUGCGUUGAAUUUCUCUACAUUCUUUAUCACAAUCCCCCUUUACUUUCAUAGUCUCUCUCCCUUCUUCGUCCGAGCUAGCUUCCUCAUUCCCAAUUAGUGGGUAACACUGACAAUGGCUGCCUCCGUUCUCCCGUUUCGCGACAUCAACUUGCAUGCCUCGUCCUCUCAUUAUGCCUUCACCUCCCCGUCGUCCCCCAAUGCCCCAACCCUUGUCAUUGAGCGCCCGACAGGUGACUUGCGGCUCAACAAUGGCACCCUUUCUGGUGCUAAACGCAUCUCCAGUAUCGCAGGCAUUCUGGGUAUCAUCAAGCUGAAGCUGGAUAAAUACAUCAUAGUCAUCACCAAAGCCCAGCCCAUGGGGCGGCUACGCGGCCACAUGGUCUACAAGGUUGCUGGAACCGAGUUCUUGCCCCUGCGUGAACGUCCUUUACACGACCACGACGAGGAUACCUACCUGGCACUGUUGAAAGAAGGGCUUCGCACUGGCCCUAUGUAUUUUUCAUACGCCUUGGACAUUACCAACAGCUUCCAGCGACAGUCACAAAGCGACCCCACCCUUCCCAUGUGGAGGCGAGCUGAUGAUCGGUUCUUCUGGAAUCGCUUCAUUCAGUCCGACCUAAUCGAUUUCAGCCUCGGGGAGCAUGACACUACAGGUGUACGCUAUGGACCUCAACCUGGUGUUGACCCAUAUAUCUUGCCUGUGAUGUUUGGUAUGCUACGGAUUACGCCCGCGAAAGUGAAAUCAACCUCUUUCACAUUUGGUCUCAUCACAAGACGGUCCAGACAUCGUGCCGGGACCAGGUAUUUUUCACGUGGUAUAGACGAACAAGGCCACGUGGCCAACUACAACGAGACGGAGCAGAUUGUCAUCUUGAACGAUGCGACUGGGGGUCUUUCUGGGUUCUCCGGAGGCCAGUCGUUAGCGAAGGAGAAAUCCGGCGGCUCGGGACAAGACCUUCAGGUCAUGGCGUUUGUGCAGACAAGAGGCAGCGUCCCAGUGUACUGGGCCGAGGUCAACAAUCUCAAGUACACGCCGAAGCUUGAGGUUCGUGGAGUUGAAACCGCCGUCGAUGCUGCCCGUAAGCAUUUUGCGGAACAAAUUCGUGUGUACGGCGAGAAUUACUUGGUCAACCUGGUGAAUCAAAAGGGCAGGGAGGACCGAGUCAAAAGUGCCUACGAGCAGCUGGUUCGCGCCCUUGUGUCCUCAUCAACUGAAAGCACUGAAGCUGGUGAUGCGAGCUCGGAGAAGAUACACGCGGUAGAGCCUGGCCUGAGACAGAAGGAGAUGGACCGCCUUCACUAUGUAUAUUUCGACUUCCACAAUGAGACCAAGGGUCUCAAAUGGCACCGCGCAGAGCUGCUUUUGGAACGUUUGACAGAAGGUCUUCAACGAGGUGGCUAUUUCCGUGGGGUUGAAGACCCUGGUGUUCCUGGCGGACAACUGGAUACACGGUCGUCACAAACCAGUGUUGUCCGGACAAAUUGCAUGGACUGUCUGGAUCGUACAAAUGUGGUUCAGAGUAUGCUAGGAAGGUGGGCCAUAACGCGCCAACUCAUUGAUGCAGGAGUUUUACGGCAGGGGGAGGCAGCCAACGACGACCGCGAGUUCGAGAGUCUGUUCCGUAAUAUCUGGGCGGACAAUGCUGAUGUCGUGUCUAAAUCUUACUCCGGUACUGGGGCGCUGAAGACCGACUUCACGCGGACCGGAGAGCGCACUCGGGCCGGUAUGCUGCAGGAUCUGAACAAUUCCAUCACCCGAUAUGUGCGAAACAACUUUAUGGAUGGCCCCCGACAAGAUGGAUUUGAUGUAUUCCUUGGCACAUACCUUCCCCCGGAUUCGACCCUGGGCAACCUCCAGCUCUUCCUCGACCGUCGUCCUCUAAUCAUCCGCUCGGUUCCCUAUAUCCUUGCCGCUGGAGUUUUCAUGAUCCUGGUGGCUGCAUUCACAAGGCGCCUGCCAGACUCCACUGUGUGGCCCUUGCGUUUGUUUGUUAUCUUCUGGUUGAUUGUCAGCGCCUGGUGUGCGCGCUUCAUCUUCGCUCAUGGCAUGCUCUACGUAAAUUGGCCGAAAUUGAACACACCUACAGCAGGUUCUGAAGGGUAUCAAGACGCGCUCAUUCACGCUCGGUCAGACCCGGUCAUCGGUCAGUGGCUUCCUGCCAGACGACACCAGAGGGGUUAUAGUAAUGCUCGACUGGUUUUCUUGGAGGAGGGCAAGACAAGGAUCGAGUAAUCUAUUCUGCCAUUGGUUCUCUCAAUGGCCAUCGCUUCCUUCUCAUAGAAUAAUUGCCCGGGCAUGUUCACCACCUCCGUGUUUCUGUACAUUUGAUGUCGCUUGAUUGUGUGAUUGACUCAACCCCGGGUUCCCCGUUUUUCUUUUCUUCUUACCGUUCCACCCCUUGAUCUUCCCUUCGUUUUGAUUUCCUUUUAGAAGCCCCUUGACUCUUAAUAUGAUUGCCUUCGUGGAUGGAUAGAUACCCCGUCGGGUUCUUUCCAUCUCGUCCUUGUUGUGA